CGUUACUGCCAUCUCGUCCCAGAUUGUCUUUGCAAACCUUGUUAACCAGGUUACAACAUGUUACACACGGCUGCGUUCCAUCUGUUCACCAUCCGUUCGUUGCUAUUGUCCAUGUCGCCCGUCGUCAAGCAAAUCAAUCCUUUGCCUCAGGGGAUUUGCGACCCAUCGGAGCGAGAAAAUAGACUGUCUAUCAUUACUCUUGCUUUUUCAUUUCCCUCAUGUCCUUGGAAGACGUUCAGUCCUCCUCCUAAGCAACAUCCCUUGAGCUGUUGGGCUGGAGCCGCCAUUUUGGAUGCUUGAUAGCAUCAGUCUUUGCCCAGCUUUCCUUCUACACUGCCAGUUGGUUUUCACACCAGAUCACUGCAUCGCUUCUUCAUUUUCUUUCUCAUCUAAUUCCAGCC